AUGGCUACCGAUCUCGACGAGGUGCCACCGCCUCUGCAGAGCCUUCCCACCGACAAGGAGAAGAAGUACGAUCGGCAGCUGCGCCUCUGGGGAGCACCCGGACAGGAAGCACUGGAGAAGACACACGUUCUCCUCAUCAACAGCGGGCCCGGCGUGACCGGUGUUGAAACGCUCAAGAACCUGGUCCUGCCCGGGAUCGGUCGAUUCUCCAUUCUCGACUCGGCCACCGUCUCAGAAGCGGACCUUGGUGUCAACUUCUUCCUGGAGGACUCGUCGCUGGGCAAGUCACGCGCUGAGGAGGCUGUGAAGUACUUGGUUGAGCUCAAUCCGGAGGUUAAAGGGCAUGCCAUCACGCAGGUAUGUAGUGACUGUCUGCGUUCGUAUGCAAAGGCUGCGGGCUGACGGUGAAGGAUGUGUCAUCUUGGCUCCAAACGAAGGACAACCUAAACCCAUAUACCCUUGUCCUGAUUGCUGCGCCCAUUGCCAACAGCACGCUCCUGGGACUGAGAAGCGAACUUGAACGUCGCGAGAUUCCGGCCUUCUACCUUCACUCCGUAGGCUACUAUUCUAGUCUCUCACUGCAGCUGCCCCACGCCUUUCCCAUCGUCGACACACAUCCCGAUCCUACAGCGACCACGGAUCUCCGACUCCUGAAACCAUGGCCGGAACUCCUCGACUUCGCGAAGAAGAAGACCGCCAACAUGAGUCAAAUGAAUGGUGAAGAGUUUGCACAUAUCCCAUGGCUCUGUCUUCUUCUUCGCUACAUUGAGCAGUGGAAGGAGGUUCACAACGGAAAUGCCCCUCAGAGUUACCAGGAGAAGGUGGAGUUCAGGAAGUUAGUACGGUCAGGCAGUGCGAGCGAGGAGAACUUUGACGAAGCCUGUGCUGCGGUGCUGAAGACUUUGAACCCCCCUCAACCUUCUUCGACCGUGCUCAACAUCUUGAACGCGCCCGAGGUGAAGCAUCUAAGCUCACAUUCCCCUCCGUUCUGGAUCAUUGCAAGCGCAGCCCGCACAUUCUACGAGAAGCAUGGCGAGCUACCUCUUCCCGGCGCGGUACCAGACAUGAAAGCCCAGUCAGAAACCUACAUCCAACUGCAGAACAUCUACAAAGCUAAGGCGCGACAAGACUGCUCAGAGGUAGUCGCCGCCGUCCAUGAGCUGGAAAAGUCCAUCUCAUACCCAUCCUCCAUCGACGAGAAGGAAGUUGAAAACUUCUGCAAAGGCGCCGCGCAUAUCCAUCUCAUCCGCGGCAAGCCAUUUUCCACCAUUCGAGAAGGCGACCGCGUCUCCAGCAAGAAGCUCACUUCGGAGAUGAACAACCCCGACAGCCUAAUCGCGCUGCAAGUCGCUUUCCUGGCCUGGGACCAUUUCUACGACCAACAUCAGUCGUCCCCGGGUCAAAAUGUAUCGAAUGACUCUGGAGACGACGCACACCAGCUCUAUAACUAUGCCCUCCAAAAGAUUCUAGAGAAUCAAGAACCAAGCGAGCCUUUCCGAGAGCAAUUGAAGAAGUUCACCACGGAGCUUGCGCGCGCUGGUGGUGGUGAGCUCCACAACAUCGCUUCUCUGACCGGCGGUAUGGUCGCGCAGGAGGUCAUUAAAGUUAUUACCAAGCAGUACAUCCCCAUUGACAAUACGUGCUUGUUCGAUGGGAUUCGCAGCAAGUCUUAUGUCUUGAGCAUGUCGAAUUGA